AAAAAAAAAUCGUUGCACUCAGUUCCUCCUUAUCAAAGUAGCUUCCUUGAAUUAAAAGAGAAAAACACAUUGAAUUAAGGUCUUGAAUGAAGGUGCUAUAUAUAAGGGUAGCUCUCCAAUGCCAGCGAUUCUAUUCAUCUGAUGAAAAAUGUUAACAAAAGUAUUUCUUUUCUAUGGAAGGAUCCUAUAACACUAAUGAGUGUGUUUGGUCAAUUUUUGAGAAGCCCUUUGAAGGACAUGAGUCUUGUGUAAUCUAACUUGUAAAGGACGUGAGGAAAGUGUAUAACAGUAGCUGAAUUAUGCAAGAGUCAAUGGCCAAACAAAUGUCUAUUUUUAUUGAAGUAAUUAUUUGAAGUGUAAGUGUAUGUAUUACCCUUAAAGCCUACGUCCAUUAUUUUACACUAAUUAAGAUGUUGUGGUGGAUUUCGAGCAACACUAGCGUUGAUGGCUUGUGCACAACUUUAGCAUAGCCUUAUACAGUGGUCCUAGAGUUGUUGUCUUGUUGAGUACUGGGCUGAAAUUUGAAUAGCAAUAUGAACAAAUCUUUCCGUUGCAGUAACCGAAUUUAUCGAGCAUUUGUCACUACUCAAUCACAACCACUAUUAACCAGUCCUGUCCCAACUCAAGAAAACAUCACCCGUUUAAUUUUGGAACAAAAAUCUGCAACUCAAGCUCUUCAAACCUUUAGAUGGGCCUCCAACAUUCGCAAUUUCACUCACAAUCAAUCUACUUACCGAGCUUUAAUCCACAAGCUCUGCAAUUUUCGGCGUUUUGAUUGUGUCCACCACCUGCUCGACGAAAUGCCUAGCUCUAUUGGGUCAACCCCAGAUGAGGAUAUCUUUGUUACCAUUGUACGUGGUCUUGGUCGUGCUGGAAUGAUUAAACAAGUCAUCAAAAUUCCUGAAUUGGUGUCCAAGUUUGAAAAGAAACCGACCCUGAAGCUCUAUAAUUCGAUUCUUGAUGUUCUUGUUAAGGACGAUAUAGACAUUGCUAGAGAGUUUUAUAGGAUUAAAAUGAUGGGAAAUGGUAUUCACGGUGAUGAUUAUACUUAUGGGAUUUUGAUGAAAGGACUUUGCUUGACUAAUAGGAUUGGUGAUGGGUUUAAGCUUCUUCAAGCGAUGAAAACUCGUGGCAUUACCCCAAAUACUGUGAUUUACAAUACACUUAUACAUGCACUCUGCAAGAAUGGGAAGGUAGGGAGAGCAAGGAGUUUGAUGAGAGAUUUGGUUGAACCAAGUGAUGUGACUUUUAACAUUUUGAUAUCUGCAUAUUGUGGAGAGGGGAGUUUAGUACAGGCUUUGGUGAUGCUGGAAAAGAGCUUUAAUAAAGGGUAUAUACCUGAUGUUAUUACAGUGACUAAAGUAGUGGGACUUCUUUGUAACAACGGACGUGUUUCAGAGGCAGUGGAAUUACUAGAAAGAGUUGAGGAAAGAGGAGGUAUUGUUGAUGUUGUGGCUUAUAACACAUUGAUUAAUGGGUUUUGUAGAUUAGGGAAAGUGAAAGUUGGUUGUCGUCUUUUGAAGGAGAUGGAGUUGAAAGGGUGCAUGCCAAAUGCAGAUACAUAUAAUGGCUUGAUAUCUGGUCUUUGUGACUCCAAGAUGUUUGAUUUGGCACUUGAAAUGUUCAAUGAAAUGAAGAGGGUUGGGAUAAAUUGGAAUUUUGUCACGUACGAUACUCUUAUCCAUGGAUUGUGUUCGGGUGGGAGAGUGGAAAAUGGAUUGAAGAUCUUGGAAGUAAUGAAGAAUGAUAAACGGGUUUCGGCGUUUCAUAUUAGUCCAUAUAAUGGUGUUAUAUAUGGGUUUUACAAGGAAAAUCGUUUGGAAGAAUCACUUGCAUUUAUAAGGAAGAUGGAAAAUUUGUUUCCACGAGCUGUGGAUAGGAGCACGAGAAUACUUGAUUUCUGUGAAAAUGGCAACAUUGGUGAAGCAAGGAGGAUCUAUGAUCAGAUGGUCGGGGAGGGUGUUAUGCCAAGUGCUCUUGUUUAUUCAAACUUACUUAGUGGAUAUUGCAGCAAAGGAUGUAUAAAAGGAGCAUUUGAGCUGAUGAACGAGAUGAUUGGACGUGGUUAUCUUCCAAUUGCAUCCACAUUAAAUGAUGUGAUAAUUCUGCUUUGCAAGCAGGGUAAAGUUGGAAAGGCGUAUAAGUUGAUGGAGGACAUCAAAGGUAGAGGUUGCUUGCUGGACUCUGGAAGUUAUGGUCCGUUCAUUGAUGUUUUCUGUAGUAGAGGAGAUUUCCACAGAGCAUAUAUGUUCUUUCUGCAAAUGGUAGAAAAGGGUAUAGUUCCUGAUUACCAUUCAUGGAAUACGUUACUUGUGUGCCUUUGUCAACAAACAAGUUGGAUAGAAGGCAAUAACAAGACUUGCCGUUUAACUAGCCAAUUGCAGGCCAUAAUACAAACAUGAUCAGUCACUAGGUAUGGGCUCUCUGACAUUCUUUGUGACCUUUACAAAGCUUUGGUAUUUUCUGAGGCAAAAUUGAUUGAACCAAAUGCAGUUCAAUCUUCAAGAUUGUAGUGUAAGAUUAUCCAUUAAUUUUAGAUGAGGCUCUCUUUGGAGACUUAUCCUUUCAUGGGAAGGAUAAAAAGUCUACUUACUGUUGGGGUUUCUGGACUGGCUGGUUAGUUAUGCACGUGUCUCCGUCAUACUAGACAACUACAGUUCACCAGAUAGGUGAACUAACCAUCUGUCUUUUACUAAUUCAUAUUGAUUCUUUCCUAAUGUCUGUCUACUAGAGAAACCAUGUUUUAAACAAUACAUAUGAGUAAUGAAGCUCUAAAAUUGCAGCCUAUUUGGAUACAUUGUCCUCCAUAUGUUCAUGUACAGGGUAAAUGUAUACUACUGGAAGCGUUUUCGGGUCAAUUAUCCCUUCAUAUUUGGCUUCAAGCAGGGAACAGAGUUAGGUUACAGACAAGUUUUCCUCCUUGAUUCUGGUCUUUCAGUACAGAGUUAGGCUGCUGCACUCUUCCACCCGGAUAUGGAUAUGGACCCAAAACAGGAAGCUAUGAGACAGUGAAAGAGCUGAUCCCACUUGUGUUGGUGUUUGUUCUUCUUCUAAUAACAUUUUGUCCUCUGAACAUUUUAUAUCAUUCUAGUCGUUUCUUCUUUCUAAGAACUGCCUAUGCGCCCCCCUCUAUAAGGUUACUCUACCAGAUUUCAUCUUGGCAGAUCAACUUACCAGCCAGGUUCAAGCAAUUCAGAGUUUGCAAUUCUAUGUCUCUACUAUGUAUGGGGCAACUUCAAAACAAGAUCAAACACAUGUCAAAACAGCAAUGUUUAUCAGAUCUUAUACAUAUUUGUUGCAAUUAUUUCCUUUUGGUCUCGGUUUAUUCAGUGUCUUCGUCGCUUAUUUGAUGAGAAAGAUUCGAUGCAAAGGGUUAAAUAGCCUCAAAUAUUUCAUUGUUGUGCGUUAAAUGAGGACACUAUAUGAUCAGAAGAGAGGAACCUUUUGGAGAGUAAUGGCAGCAUCAACUUCAGGAAUUACUACAGUUGCAAACACUUAUUGGGACCUUGUCAUAGAUUGGGGUCUAUUGCAAAGGAAUUCCAAAAACCCCUGGUUGAGAGACAAGCCACUUGUGCCACACAAGAUUGUCUACUUUGUUGCCAUUGUUCUUGACAUUAUUUUGAGACUAGUAUGGAUGCAGUUGAUUCUAGAUUUUCAAGAACUACCUCAUCUGCAGAAGAAAGCUUUUGUUGCAAUUGUUGCCUGUUUGAAAAUCCUUCGCCGAGGCUUGUGGAACUUUUUCAGGGAUUCCUAGAGGAGUAUGAGCACAAUGGGAGCUAGAAAAGACCUUACAGGAGCAAGGAAAAAAGAGCACGAAGAAAAUACACACAUGGGGCAACACUAGUGCACCGUCCCAGCCUUAAAACAACUGAGGACCAGUGCUGGCGCACUGGCAGCACGCCGCGCCAGCUUGGAAAAUCCCGCAGCCAAGUCCUGGCACUAUGGUGGCGUCCUGCCCCGCGAUUUCCCGGACGAAUUUCCAAUUUUUUAAGGAUUCCAAAUUUAAUUAGGAGAAGGGAUUUGUUCUCUUAAUAAAUAGGACCCUAGCUUUAUUUUGUAGGAGAACUUUUUUUUCAAGUGCAAGAGCAAGGGAUAACAAUUCAUCUUAGGUUUCAAUCUUCUACUUUAUCUUUAGUCUUGAAUUACAUGAAAACAAUUCUUUUUAUGUUUUAUUAUGAUUAUGAGUGGCUAAAAGCCUUUGUUCCAGGGAUGUAGCCAUGGGUAAUGGUUGAACAUCGAUUUCUAUGGAUUAAUUUGGUUAUCGUAUAAAUUACUCUUGUGUU